GCACUCACUAAUGCCCCACGCGCACUCGCAGCCAUCCGUGCCGACAAGUGCACUGUCGUCGUCGGCAGCGAGUGAAGAUGUUGGUGUGGCUGACGGUCGUCGUGGGUGGCCUGCUGCUGCUGCUGCUCAUCCUCCGGACGAGCUUCCCCUACUGGGCGGACGACUGCGCCUACGUCCUCCGGAGCCUCCUGCUCGCCGUCAGACUGGUCCGGUACAAGAGGAGCAAGCCGUUCUACGGUCUGGUGGACCACUUCGUGGCGGCUGCCCGGAGACACCCGGCCAAGACUUUCCUGCACUUCGAGGGCGAACGCUUCUCCUACGGCGAGGUGGAGCGGCGCAGCAACCGGGUGGCUCGGGUCCUGCGGCUGGAGGCAGGCCUGCGGGAGGGCGACGUCGUAGCGCUCUUCCUGGGCAACGAGCCCAACGUGGUGUGGACCUGGUUGGGACUCGCCAAACUGGGCUGUCCGGUUGCCCUGCUUAACUUCAACAUAAGAGCCAAGUCUCUACUGCACUGCUUCUCCUGCUGCGGGACCAAAGUACUGGUGACGUCGGCAGAGAUGCAGGAUGCUGUGGCAGAAGUUUUACCCGCACUGAGAGAGCAGGGGGUUAAAGUGUACCUCCUUACUGAGACGCAGAACAUUCAGGGCAUCACCUUCUUGGCCGACAAGAUCUCCAAGGCCUCGGAUGAGCCUCUGUCCAGAGACCUUCGAGCCAAUGUCACCGUCAGAAGCACCGCUUUGUACAUCUACACCUCGGGAACCACUGGUUUCCCCAAAGCAGCGAUUAUCACCCACGAGCGGAUGUGGGCCGCAUCUUUCGUCCAGUUUUUAAGCGGUGUCACACAAGACGACGUAUUCUACAUCAAUCUGCCGCUCUACCACAGCUCAGGAUUCCUCCUCGGGUUAACGGGCGCCAUCGAGAGAGGUAUAUCUGUAGUGUUGAAGAGGAAGUUCUCUGCUUCUCAGUUCUGGGAUGACUGCAGGGAGCACAACGUGACCGUUAUGCAGUACAUUGGUGAAACCAUGCGUUAUCUAUGCAACACACCCAAAAAGGAGAAUGAGAAGGAUCACAACGUGAGGAUCGCCAUUGGCAAUGGCAUUCGGGCAGACAUCUGGUCGGAGUUUCUGAGGCGCUUUGGUGAUAUUAAAGUAAAGGAGCUAUACGCGGCGACAGAAGGAAACAUCGGUUUUAUUAACUACACGUCCAAGGUCGGCGCUGUUGGACGGGGCAAUUUUUUCCACAGGUUAAUCUUUCCACAUCGAUUGAUCAAAUUUGACAUCGAGAAGGAAGAGCCGGUCCGAAACUCGCAGGGUCUUUGCAUCGAGGCGGCCAGAGGUGAGACGGGCCUCCUAGUGGGCAAGGUGACUCAGCGCUCGCCCUUCGUGGGCUAUGCCGGCAACGAUCAGCAGACUGAGAAGAAACGACUCCGCGAUGUGCUGAGAAAAGGCGACUUGUACUUCAACACGGGAGAUUUGCUUCGUUUCGACCACGACAACUUUGUGUACUUCCAGGAUCGAGUUGGCGACACUUUCAGAUGGAAGGGAGAGAAUGUGGCAACAUCAGAGGUAGCAGACAUCCUCACCAUGAUACCUUGCAUUUUAGAAGCAAAUGUUUACGGCGUGAAAGUGGAAGGUAACGAGGGACGGGCUGGCAUGGCGGCCAUUACCUUGAAAGAGGGACAAGACUUGGACUGUGCUGACGCCUACGAGCACGUGUUCAACUACCUGCCGGCCUAUGCGCGGCCACGCUUUAUCAGAAUCCAGCCCUGCUUGGAGAUGACAGGCACGUUCAAGAUGAAAAAAACUAAGCUGGUGAAUGAAGGCUUUAACCCGGCCUUGGUCAGAGAUCCGUUAUACUACCUCGACGUAGCCAAACGCACCUUUGCUCCAAUGACGGAGGAGGCGUACGCUGCUAUAACCUGUGGAGCUAUUAAAGUCUAACUCGGUAGCGGUGAAGCAUUAAAGAGCAAAGUCGCUGCUUCAAACAACUCAUCUGAGGGAUGGACCACCAUUCCAUUACAAGGCACAUUUCGCAUUUCAAACAAUACUGAAAUAUUGUAUUCAAAUUUCUUUUGGAAAAAAUACAAUAUAUAUUUUUAUAAAGUAUUUUUGAGGGUUAAUAAACAAAAGUGACCUUUGGUUAACAUAUAAAGGAUUGUUCUUCAAUCUGGUGUGAGUUAUCAUCAAACUACCUUUGAACCGAUGUAAUGGGCAAGUGAGCUAUAUCAGGCAACGGGCGUGACAGUGUUUGAUCUAAUCGCAGGUUAAGAAUGUGGCGGACACUUUGUGACAACGAUACCAGUUGUGGGGUUGGUUGUCAUUUGAUAUUUAGAUGUGAUUUUCUUUGAAAAUUAUGACAAUCAUCUGAAUGUUUUUUUUUAAAGAAUUAUUAUCUUAAUAAGAACAAUAUAUUGUUGUUACCAUUAAAUUUGAGCAUGUUUACAAUGUUGCUUCAACAGAACUGAACACAUCCAUUUAUCAGGUUAUUUGGUUGCUGAUUUAAAUAUGACUUAUGUAUCCUGUUUUGAUUUAUAUGUCUUAGUUGACUUUUUUGUUUUUGUCUCUUGCUGAUUUGAAUGUAAAGCACUUUGAAUGACCUUGUUUUGAAAUACAUUUGCCUUACCUUGCCCACAAACAAGAAUUAAAGAACACUACACAGCACACUGUUGUGUUUUACAGCCUUGAAUGAUUUCGUCUUUUUUUUUUUUUUUUUUUAAUUCUGAUUCUGCAGUGUACACAACUGAGAGCUGUUGGAAACAAUUUCACUCUGCCCUGUACUUUCACAAUAAAUAUCCUUUUGAACUGUU